UGCCUUCAUAAUGGCAUCUCGAGCUCCCCAAAAAUGCUCAACAAGAAACACCCGCUGCCUAUUGGCCUUUUAGUUCGCUCCUCUUCUUCCCAUCACCCUCUCUGCUUCUUCGGCCACGCUCACGACUGGCAUAUACUCCUCUCCCAUCACAUGUGGCUCGUAGGCGGCCAUUUCUGGCUGGCGCUCGCCGUGUCGUACGCUCUCCUGGGCCUUGGGAGCGCCGCCAGCUCGGCGCUCGGCUGCUACUCGCGCAUCUUCAGCUUCGGCGACUCCCUCACUGACACCGGCAACUAUGUACGCCUCGCGGCGAAGAAGAACCCAAGCCCGUACGGCGAGCCGCCGUAUGGGACGACGUUCUUUGGCCGCCCCACCGGACGGGCGAGUGACGGCCGCCUCGUCAUCGACUUCAUCGCGCAAGAGUUUGGGCUGGCGAAUGUGACGGCCAUCCAGGAGGGCACGGCCCCGGCGGACUUCCAGCACGGCGCCAACUUCGCCAUCAUCUCGGCGACGGCGAACAACGGGUCCUUCUUCGCCGGCAAGGGGAUGGACAUCACCCCCUUCUCGCUCGACACGCAGAUGAUCUGGUUCAGGGCACACAUGCAGCAGCUCUCGCAGAACACCGGCGUCAACGUGCUGAGCGACGCGCUGGUGGCGCUCGGGGAGAUCGGGGGCAACGACUACAACUUCGCCUUCUCCAAGGGCAUCCCGCGCGACAAGGUGCGCGCCUUCGUGCCUGCCGUCGUCGACAAGCUGGCGGCGACGGUGGAGGAGCUGAUCGGGAUGGGCGCCAGGGCGUUCAUGGUGCCCGGGAACCUGCCCUUCGGUUGCGCGCCGCUCUACCUGCGCCGCUUCCGGAGCGCCGUCGGCAGGGACUACGACGCGAGCACGGGGUGCCUGUCAUGGUUCAACAGGUUUGCCGAGUACCACAACCGCGUGCUCAACGCGCGGCUCGACCAGCUCAGGCUCCUCCACCCGGAAGUCACCAUCGUCUACGCCGACUGGUACGGCGCCAUGAUGAGCAUCUUCCAGGCCCCCGGAAGGCUAGGAAUCACGAACGCUCUGCUCGCAUGUUGCGGCAACCAGACCGUGGCGUGCGGCAAACCUGGUUGCAGCGUCUGCGACGAUCCAUCUACGUACGGCUCGUGGGAUGGGACGCACCCGACGGAGGCGGUGUACAAGGUGAUCGCCGACGGCGUGCUGCACGGGCCGCACGCGUCUCCGCUUCCUCUGGCCAAGACUUGCCCUCCCAGCUGAGGAAACCCUCUGCUUGGUUUGCUGAUCCGUAGAAGAAAGACUAAGCAGAUUGUCUUGAUUGUGUGAUAUCAUGCGUGGAAUACGGUAACAGCUUCAGUUCAGAAUAUAGGCGAGGUUUGACAGGUUUCGUAUAGUGAAGAGAUAUAUGCAGUGUCUCGUGGAAUACUAGUGGUAGUGGCUAAGGCAUCGAAGCUUGGGUUUUCUUUUUUUGGAUUUGUCUCCUAGUCAAGUAGAGUCCUCUGUUAAUUCAAUAAAAAAUCUUGAUUUACACA